ACACAAACAAUUGAACACUUAUAAUUAAACUUAAACAUUCAACACACAAUUGGAAUUGAAAAUAAACAUAUUUAAAUACUAGAUUUUAAGCUUAUAAAUUCAGAAAUUAACAAGUUCAAAAUCUAAAUUAAAGAGCAUAAAAUUGAAAAGGAAAAAAGAAUGCUCCCCUCACUGUUCUUCUUUGUUGAGCCGUGCACAGAUUCCCAGAACCGAUCCAUGACUUCCGUCGACUGCGCCGGACCAGUUGACACCGCCGCCGGACCACAUGUCGCCGUCGCACCAUCGCCGGACCUAGGGUCGGGACCCUAGGUCGGCACCUGCUCUGCUCCAAUCUGUUCUCUCGUUUCUCUAUCCGUCUCCCCUUUUGCCGAUCUGUUCCCAUCUCUAUUAAUAGAAAAAAAAUGGCAGGAAGAGCAAGAAUGGUUUCUCACAGCGUAUCUCUCAAUCCCAAUCAGGCAAGAAUCGGAACUCUCCAACUCCGAGUGAUCUAUAAGCUCUCAACCGCCGGCCAGUCGAUUGUCGUCGGUGGCAAUUGCACCGCCCAGCCCAUACUCUUCUACCCCCUGCGCGACUUGGGUUCGGCAAGAAACGCCUGUCUCUUCUUCUCCGGCGUUGUCGCCGGGUACCUCCGCCGGGAUCCGGAAUCAACCGCGCCCAUCACUCUCCCCAUGGCCUUGGACGCUUUUCGGGUGUUUUUGGGCGAGGGACGGACUCGCGGGCUACAGAUCUGUGCCGAAUUCGAGGUUGUCUUUGUGUCCCCCGGGUUCUUGGACGGCGGUUCUCUGGUUCUCGAUGCUCUGCCGCCGCCAUCCCAGGAGGGGGCGGAUUUCGUGGGCUCCAAUUCGCCUGAAUUUGAGGCCGCCGGAUUUGUUGACGGGGGCGCUAUGGUUCUUGAUCCUCCUCUGCCAUACCUAGAGAAUUCUGAUCAUGUCAAGGGACCGGAUCCGAGAGUGUCGGCGGCAUUCGCGGAGGCCGGUUUCAUGGACGGCGAUUCUCUGGUUCUCGAUGCUCUGCCGGCCUACGAGGAGGAGGAGGAGGAGGAGGAGGAGGAGGAGUAUGAAUCUGUGGAUGGGAUCAUUCCCAAUUUCGUAGGCUCGAACAGGGGGAUGACGGCGGCGGAAAUUUCACAGUUGAAAAAAGUGACCCAAAGCGGCGGCGGAGGCGGCACUUGCUCCGUCUGCUUGGACGAUUUCUUCGCCGGCGAGGUGAUCAUACUGCUUACUCCGUGCUCUCACAGCUUCCACGCGGGGUGUAUUGAGACUUGGCUGAGCCAAAAUCGGAGUUGCCCUAUGUGCAGAGCAAUAUGCACAGUUCUUUGAUGAUCGGCGGCCUGCCGGAAGUUGUGGGGGGAAACUGGUUCUGUCCUUUUCAGCGCCGGCGGCAAACACUGCUUUUAAAAAUUGUUUAUAGAGGAUUUUUUUUGUUUAAUUUUUUUUACUCCCUAGCUAAUUAGUGUUGAUUUUUUUAUUUCAAAAAAAAAAUCAGGGUUGAAUUU